GUCACAGCCUGUCACCCAGAAAAACGAGCUCAGGUGGGGGGAAAAUCGAACAGAAGUCUCCGAUUCCGAUAAAGAAGCUCAGAUUCGGAGAAGACACGCUGAGCUCUCUGUCGAAGCAGAAGCAGAGGAAUUCAGAUCAAAGUUACAAGUCCUUUGUCAGACUCUUCGGGUCGAUUCAAUUCGACGAGUUUUCCCCCCUCUCUAUCUCUGAAUCACGAUGCCGUCGCGUAGGAGGACUCUGUUGAAGGUCAUCAUCCUCGGCGAUAGUGGGGUUGGCAAAACAUCGCUGAUGAAUCAAUACGUAAAUAAGAAAUUUAGCAAUCAAUACAAGGCGACAAUCGGAGCUGAUUUCUUGACCAAGGAAGUGCAAAUCGAAGAUAGGCUUUUCACCUUACAGAUAUGGGAUACAGCAGGGCAGGAAAGGUUUCAGAGUCUUGGAGUAGCAUUUUACCGAGGCGCUGACUGCUGUGUUCUUGUCUAUGAUGUUAACUCAAUGAAGUCAUUUGAAAAUCUCAACAACUGGAGAGAGGAAUUCCUGAUUCAGGCUAGCCCAUCAGAUCCGGAGAAUUUCCCUUUCAUUGUUAUCGGUAACAAGAUUGAUGUGGAUGGUGGGAACAGCCGAGUGGUAUCCGAGAAAAAGGCUCGUACCUGGUGUGCCUCUAAGGGAAACAUUCCAUAUUUCGAAACCUCGGCAAAGGAAGGCAUGAAUGUGGAACAAGCUUUCCAGUGUAUCUCGAAGGAUGCCUCGAAGAAUGCGGAAGACGAAGAGAUAUACUUACCGGACACAGUGGAUGUCGGGGCGACGAGCCAGCCGAGGGCAACAAGAUGUGAGUGUUAGAUUCGCCUGCUCCUAUUUACUGCGGUUACACAAUUAUAGAAGUGAUUUUUGAAUCAUGUUGGCUCUAUCCUCGUAAGCUGUUUCUCACAUUGUUGCACUGAGAGCGUUCUAAAUUUGUGCAAAAAGGACAGGAUCCGUCCAUUGAGGGUGUGAUUGGAUACUUUGCAUUACUUCGGUUGUUCCCUAAUAAAAAUAAUAAAAAAGUUACAACUCA